GACCAAAACCCAAAUCACAAGUUUGCCUUUUUCGUGCAUCUAAAUAGAAGUAGAAAAGUCGGAGUUGAUUCUAGACCCCCAAAGCCCUGACCUUAUUACCUUGACACGAUCAAAGAAUAAUCCUUGCCGUGUCCUAGUGAAAAAAGUUGAAACUUUUCCCUUCAAAUCGUCUCAUCUCCUUCGAUUCCUGAGCCAUUAACAACUCUUCUCUUGUUCCCUCUUCUUCUGGUUCUCUGGUCUGAACAAAGAAAGUUAAGAACUUUUAGGGAUUUGAUUGGUCAGAGAUCAUCAUAAGAUGGCGAACGAUGCGGCUGCAUGUGCGGAGAGAGCUACAAAUGAUAUGUUGAUUGGUCCUGAUUGGGCUAUUAACAUUGAACUGUGUGAUAUUAUCAACAUGAACCCUAGUCAAGCAAAAGAAGCAGUGAAGGUGCUCAAGAAGCGGUUAGGAAAUAAAAACUCCAAAGUCCAGAUUCUUUCUCUUUAUGCGUUGGAGACUUUAAGUAAGAACUGUGGGGAGAACGUGUGUAAGCUUAUCAUAGACCGUAAUGUUCUGACUGAUAUGGUCAAAAUAGUGAAGAAGAAGCCGGAGCUGAAUGUGAGGGAGAAGAUACUAAGCUUGCUAGAUACAUGGCAAGAAGCUUUUGGUGGACGUGGUGGUCAAUACCCACAAUACUACAAUGCCUAUAAUGAACUCAGGGCUGCUGGAAUUGAGUUUCCACCAAGAACGGAAAGUAAUAUGUCCUUCUUUACUCCACCUCAGACUCAGCCCAUUCCAUUAGAUGAAGACGCCGCUAUUGAGGCCUCACUGCAAGGAGAUGAUGCUGCUAGCUUCAGUAUGGAAGAGAUUCAAAGUGCUGAAGGAUCAGUAGAUCUUUUAAUGGACAUACUUGGAGCACUUGAUUCCGCCGAGGGGUUGAAAGAAGAGCUUGUGGUUGAUUUAGUUGAGCAAUGUCGUACCUAUCAGAAACGUGUGAUGACUCUUGUCAACACCACCACAGACGAGGAGCUUCUGUGCCAGGGAUUAGCAUUGAACGAUAACUUGCAGCGUGUUCUUCAGCGUCAUGACGAUAUGGCCUCUGUUCCUUCAAAUGGAGGCGGUGCAACAGCUCCUCCUCCUCCUCCUCCUCCAGCUCAACUUGUCAGCAUCAAUCAUGAUGAUGACGAUGAAUCAGAUGAUGAUUUUGCUCAGCUAUCUCACAGGUCUAAAAGAGAUUCCAGUCCUAUUCUUCCUCCUCCUCCUCCACCACCUCCAUUGAGACCAGUACAUGGUACUACAGAGUCAGGUUUGGUGGAUUUUCUUAGUGGUGAUGUCUAUAAACCUCAAAGCUCCUCACAAGGAGUGAAGCAGCCUCUUCCUGCUCCUCCUACUGCUGCUGCUUCUCCUCCUCCUGCUCCAUGGGAUACUGAGGUUAUCAGGAACCUACCGCCGCCGCCUUCAAGGCACAACCAGAGGCAGCAGUUCUUUGAGCAUCAUCACUCGAGCAGCGGCUCUGAUUCCUCUUACGAUGGUGGUCUUGUUGGGCAGACCAGGAACCUCUCUUUGAAUAGUGAAACCAAGAAAGCAGAGGAUAUGCUUUUCAAAGACUUGGUUGAGUUUGCCAAAACUAGGUCGUCCAAGCCCAAACAUUAGGUCGCUUUUGAGUCUUUUGCGUGUGUAACAAUCAUUGCUUUAACAAUUAACAGUCAUAUGAUAUUUGAGUGUGCCUUAUUGUUAAAUACAUUUGUGUUACAACCAGUCACGUUCAAGAUAACAUUAUGCACCCAAAACAAAACCAAUAACUAACAAUAGAAUGACUCGGCUUUUGGUUUAUGUUUAUUUUAUCCUUUUCAUCUUUUUUUUUAUUUAGUUAUCUUGUAGAUGGUUAUGUAAAGAUUUUGAGUUUUAUACGUUUUUAGUUUGCAAAACAAGUUCAUAUAAUCAUAAAACGGGAAAAAAAUUAAAAAAUCAUUUAGUUAAACUCCACAAAUGUUUUAAAUUAGUAAGAGGUGGGAGACAAUUCAACACUUUAUACUAGCCACUAACCCAACACACCAUUAGUUUUUGGAGGCUUACCAUCCCUUUUCCAUACUUCAGUGUUUUAUAUGAACCAUUAAUUUUCAAGUUCCUAUUUAAAGACCUAAAACAAAUAUAAAUAAAGCAAAAGGUCAUUUCUAUAAACUAAAGUAAAUUCCAAUUCACUAGACAUGAAGAUCAUUUCAUUCACUUCCAUUGCAAUAACCAUAUCCCUGACAUUAUUUCCGAGUUGAUCAAAGCUAGCAAUAGAAUGAAGAUAUUUAACAACUCAAUUGUUUGUUUUGUGGAUUAAAAAAAAAUUAGCAUAUCCUCCCCUUAUUUAUAGGAAUCAAUUCCCGCUUUACAUUUUUCCUGUUUUGUAGGAGCUAUUGGUUCCAAUUUCUUAUUUAAAGGACCUGAAACAAAAUGAAAAGAAAAACCCACAGUGGAUUCAUACCAACUUUAAAAGCCAUCUUCUUUUUUUUUUGGAAUCUUGACAAGCUACUAUAAUGAAGAUCAUUCCAUUGAUUCUCAUGGUCACCAUUAUAGUCUUGACAUCAUUUCCAGCUUCCAUCAAAGUCGUGGAAGCCGCGGUAGUUCCACCAGCGUGCAAAUGGAAGGGUCCUUGCCUAAACUCCAUUAUUAGCGGGGCACCAGCACCAAAAGGUUGUUGUGUGAAGUUUAAACAUAACAAUGCGCAAGCUUGUUUAACAAGUCUCAUUCAUUCCAAGGAUAUUGAGAUCAACAAACGUGUGUUUGAUGUUUUUCAAAAAUGUAAUCAAUGUAAGAAAUAGAGAGUAUCAUACUUUAUCAUUGGAGAAUAAGCGCUAUAGCAAAUAUAUUUUCAUAUAAUGUAUGUUACUUUUAUAUGAUUAAACAAAUCAUUUUUAUACGUAACUAGUGGUUUGUUCAGCGUGAUUGUGCUUAUAUUUAAUCUUAGUAACUAAAUUAAAGUUGGUAUAUUCUAAUAAAUCAUUUUGUUUUCCAUAAAUAAGUUAACUGUCUCCGCCAUCCGCCAUGUUUUUUUUUCAGUUUUCAGCAUUUCGUUUAGAGACGUACCCAAAUCGGUUCGGUUUAGAUAAACCAAAUUCGAAUCAUACAAUUUUGAAAUGGAAAUUUUAACCAAAACCACGAGAUGGCAGUCUACUGCCAGACGAAUUCCGGUGAGCAAAACGACCCAGGUUUAAAUGCAUUCCACUACGUUUCAGCUAUGCUUUAGAUUUCAUUUGAAAAUCCAGUGUAAGUCCAUCCCGCAACACUCAUUCUAAGGAUUAGUCAGGAUUUUUUCAUGGGCAUGGGAUACUCCAAAUUUAAAAGAAAAAAAUUAAAUGAAACUAAGUCAACUUUAAAUGAAAUAAAAUGUUGACUUUAACUGGAAUUCCCCAUACAUGAUGAUCUGUUUUUUUUCUUGCAAAAUAAUAUUUGUGGAGUUUAACUAAAUGAAUUUUUUUUGAAAAAAAAAAUCUAAAUGAAUUUUAAUAUUUUUCGGUUGUAUGAUUAUAUGAACUUGUUGUGCAAACUAAACGUAUAUAUCUGGAUAUCUACAAAAGGAUAGACAUGGACACGAUAUUCAGUCUCGAAGAGAAGGAUCAAGACUCAAGAGUUACACUGUGACUUGAAUUCACAUUUCACGACCUCUUUUAGACUAUUUCUACUUCGAAUAUUUUUAAAAUAUUUCUCUUCAUUUAUAUUUAACACAGUUGAUUCAUCGGCUCUCAUUGCAAUAACCAUAUCACUGACAUUAUUUCCGACUUUGAUCAAAGCUAACAACAUAAUGAAGAUAUUGAACAAGUCAAUUGUUUGUUUGGUGAAUAAAAAUAGAAUUAGCAUAUCCUCCCCUUAUUUAUAGGAAUCAGUUGCCACCUUACAUUUUUCAUGUUUUCUAGAAACUAUUGAUUCUAAUUUCUUAUUUACAGGACUUGAAACAACAUUAAAAAAACACAGUUGAUUUUUACAAACUUUAAAAGCCAUCUUGUUUUUUUUUAUUUGGAAUCUUAACCAGCUACUAUAAUGAAGAUCAUUCCAUUGAUUCUCAUUUUCACCAUCAUAGUCUUGACAUCGUUUCCAGUUUCCAUCAAAGUCGCAGAAGCUGCUCCAGUUCCACCAGCGUGCAAAGGGAAGGGCCCUUGCAUAAUGAACAUUAUAACCGGGGCACCAGCGCCAAAAGGUUGUUGUAUGCAGUAUAAACAGAACAAUGCGCAAGCUUGUUUACAAAGUAUCACUAAUUCCAAGGAUAUUGAGAUAAACAAACGUAUGUUUGGUGUUUUUCAAAAAUGUAAUCAAUGUAAGAAAUAGUGAGUAUCUAUUCUAUUAAAACAACAGUGUGGUCCAUUGAUAAAAGUUAUGUCUAACUUAUAAUUUCAACAAUACAUACCAUUUUAAUAUAAGGGCAUCAAUAUAUAUAUAUAUAUAUAUACAUUUUUUAUGUAACCACCACUUCAAUUGCCUAAUAAUUGGUAACCACUUUUUGUAACUGCAUCCAAAUAUUUUUUUUUUAUGUAACCACCACUGUUUUUAUUGUUCAAAUCCCAAUAAUUUUUCGAUGAUGUUCAUGUAUUUCACCGAACUUGCUUUUUUAUUUUUCCCAACUUGCUUUUCUCUUCAUGUGGAAAUAAUAUCCUCAUCAUCCUCAACCUAUCGGGAGAGCCUUUCACGGGUAUUAGGUAGAGCUUUUCUUAUGAAGAUUGAAUCAAGAGAUGUUGGGCUUUCUUCAAAUGUGAUUCAGUGAUUGCAUGUAUCUGGAAGAAUUCGUUGGUGCCUCUGGAUAUCUACAAAAGGAUAGACAUGGACUGAUGCACACGAUAUUCAGUCUCGAAGAGAAGGACCAAGACUCAAGAGUUACCAUCUGACUUGAAUUCACAUUUUGACGACCUAUAUCUUCAAGACUGUUUCUACUCCGAAUAUUUUUAAAAUAUUUCUCUUCAUUUAUAUUUUAAAUCUUUCAUUUUUUUUGAACGUUUUUUUUGUUUUAUUUUUUUUUUAAACGUUCUUAAGCUAAAAUACUAAAAAACCAUUUGUCUUUAUUUUCCUUAGACAUUUUUUUUUGACACCAAGCAUUUACAGACUCAUAUUGACUCUGUAAACCAAAUCGGUAACUCCACAUCCAUGUGAACGACGAAAGACGUUUGUUUCCUACCACUGCGUUCUAAGCUAUCCGCCCGUAGGUUCUCCGUUCGGAGUACAUGAACGAUGUCUGAGUUGUGUAAGGCAUCAAACCCCGGUAAUGUGCUAUACCAGACUUGUCCGGAGAAUACUUCCUUAUCCUUCCAUGAUCCAUCUAUAAAGCACCAUCGUCUCUGAGUCACUAGUGUAGAACUAGUUUGUACAUGGUGCUCUCUCGUUGGAUCAUUUACUUGCCUCACCCUAGAGUGAUGAUUCCAAUUUUGCCAUUUGAAGUGUUUUUCUUGGAUCAAUAUCCAAGUUGCUAAAAUUUUUGUUAUUCUCGCUUUUUCAUAAAUACCAUAAUAUUCAUGCAAAUUGAUGAUCAUCCAUUUUGGGAUUGACUCUCCAAAAAAAGUGACCCAUAUUAGCGUAAAAAGAGCUAAUAGGGAAGACAUUAGGAUGCGAUGGUAUCUUAGAUAGAGCUCAAACUUGACGUGCUGGAGGAUAUUCAAAAAACACAUAAUUUAUUGAUUCCUCCGGAUUUUCACAUCGAGCACAACAUAAAUCCUCUUGUAUUUCUCUCGCCUUUAGAUUUUUCAUGACCGCUAUACAUCCUGAAAGAAUUUGCCAUAAGAAAUGCUUUAUCUUCGGAGGGCACCGCACUUUCCAACAUAAAGCUUUUAGUGUAUCUACUGUGAUCCCAUAAAAUUCUGGUGGUUUUUCCCUAUCAGGGUAUAUCCGUUCUAUUUGAUAACCUGAUUGGACCGAGUAUUUCUCAUUGUUAGUAAAAUGUCAUUCAUUCUUAUCAUCCAUCUGGUUUCUAUUUAAUGGAAGACUUUCAAUAAUUUUUACAUCAUGAGGAUCCACCAAACCCCUGAUUGCUUGUAAAUUCCUUAGACAUAUUAUUUUUAAAAAAUUUGUUUUUGAACAAUAUGUGAUUAUUUGACAAGUAUAUUGGAAUGACUUUAAUCUUUCUAAUUAUUUUUAUUUAUAAUCUUAACAGUUGUAAACUCUGUUACAAGAGAAAUAAUGUUGGAUCAAUAUUUGUUUCAUAUUAAAAAAAAAAAUAAGGUAACAAAUCAUGAGAUGAGAUUGCUAUAGCAUAUUGUAGAUUCCGUUUCCUCUAAGAAAAAUAGUAAGUAUAUUGGGAAGAAAUGUUUAUGGUUAUACUAAAGUUGUGAACUGUUCACUGUUUGCAGGGACACGUUUACAGCUUCGGCAUAGCCGCAUAGGUAGUGAAAAUGUGAGUUUUAGUCACAAAGGAAACUCUUGUGUCUUGAGUUAUAGUAUAUGUUUAGUUGGACAAGUUAUCUAAGUUUUCUGAAUUCAUUGGUUGCGUUAAGUCCCUGUAAAUACGCAUACAUUUUGCAUUAUGCAACAAAAUACCGAAUGAAAAAGUAGGACGAAGCUAUUAUUGACGGACGCAAUUGUUUUGGUUUUUGUAAAAAAAAAUAGAAUAUGGAGGCUUACCAUCCCCCGCCCUCCUUCUUUGUAGGAAUCGAUUCCCACUUUCUAUAUUUCAGAUUUUUAUAUGAACCAUUCUCUUAAUUUUCAAGUUCCUAUUUAAAGACCUAAAACUAAUAUAAAUAAAGCAAAAGGUCAUUUCUACAAAUCAAAGUAAAUUCUUCAUUAACCAUGAAGAUCAUUUCUUUGACUCUUAUUCCAUUUUUAAUAUCCAUGGCACCAUAUCCAAUUUUGAGCAAAGCCCCUUUCGGCACUCCUUCUGCCGGUGGCGGCUCUGUUGGGUUUAACGCCCCUACUGGCCCCGGCUAUAGGAGUGGGGAUACCGCCCCCGGCGGCUCUAGUGGGAUUAACGGCCCUAAUGGCCCCGGCUAUAGGAGUGGGGGUCCCGGCGGCUAUAAGAGUGGCGAUACUAGCGCUGGCUAUAGAAAUGGAUCUCCACCCGGUAAGCGAGUAGGUGGAGGCGACCCUGGUGCGGCUAUCGUUGUGUUCCCAAAGAAACCUGUACCAACGCCAGUACCAGCAGAAUGCAAACCAAUUGCAGGAUGCGUCACUAAGCAUAUAGCCGGAGGCAACCCCACGGUGCCUCAAUACCAUGGACCAUGUUGUAAUCAAUUUAAAAACAAAGUAUCGUGUGUGUGUAAAUUCCUCAUGUCCACGAAUGCUAAGCAACAAAGGGCUGCUGAUGGUGUGGUUCGAGGUUGUAAUUUUAAAAAUCCCAUUUGUAUAAAGAAGCCAAUGCCAGCAGCAUGCAGACCAGAAGUUAAGCAUUGUGUCGAAAUGCAUAUGUACAGAAGAGCUAGCAAUCCUACAUUCGGAAGCCCAUGUUGUCAGAAAUUUAAAACCUCGAAACGAUGUAUCAUGGCGUUUAAAAGCUCUCCGGAUCCUCAUUUAAGCCAAGCAGCUAAGGGUGUUAUUGCAGGUUGUCAUUUUCAAUAAAUAAUUGUACAAAAGGCCUAAAAAUGGCAAUAUUAGCAACCUAUUUUGAGACAAUGUACAUAUUGGUUUUUAUAUGGUGAAAUUAAAAUAUCAGUAUUACUAUAUACUGACUUUUUUGUAUUUGUAUGUGUGGAUAUGUAAAUACUAUUUUUGUAUCCGUGUUAUGCGCACGUUCAUGUGUAAUAAUGUUUACAAAAUGUUUGUUUGUCGUUGAAGUCGUAUGCUUUGUAAAUGACACAUUAUCAAAUGUAAACGUUAUUUACCAUGAAGAGAUGUAUGUAUCCAUGGCCCAAAACUUCUUAAUCAUAAAAAUACGAUUAGGCAAAGUUCUUCUUUGGGCUACAGCCUACAUGCAUGGAGUAUUCUCUUAAACCAUCGUCGUUAUUAAUGUGAGUAACCAUUUUCUUAAUUAUUUUGUGGUCGUCAUAUUCAAUAAAAUAGACUCUUCUUGAUUAUCAAUUGGGAGCACUAUUUUGGUCCUCGUUAAGACAACAUUUUAUCAACUCCUUGCAAGUUGGUAGAAAAGGCAGAAAAGAGAAAUAAUCCUAACUAUCACAAAAUCAAAAUUUUUGCUCAAAAAUUAGCAUACAAUUAAAAAAAUUACCACAAUAGCACUAAUGAAAUUAAAAAAAUUACCACAAUAGCACUAAUGAAAUAUUAAAAACACAUUUUUGUUAUUUUUUGUGGUUUAGAUUUAUGAUUAUAGUUUUGGAUAUAGUAUUUAGGAGGUUGGAUUAAGGUUAGAGUUUAAAUAUAUUUUUAUUGAUUAAUAAAUGUUAUUUUAGGAAAUUUGGUCUUUGAAUACUAGUUUGUUACAUAAACUGAAAAUGAUAUUUAAGAAAUUUGCCCCAAAAAGAAAGAAAAAUCAAAUUUUCUAAAUUACUUUUACAACCGAAAGGUAACAGUAUCUAAAUGACAAAAUUUAAGAACAAUACUAAAUUAUAUAUCUAAUAGAUGUUAUUUUGACAAUUUUCUUUUAAAUUAUUCAAGUUUUUGAUGAACUAAAUUUUUAAUAGAUGUUUCUUAAAAUAUCUUAAAUUUAAGUAAAAAUUAGUAACUUUUAGUAAAACAAUUGUAAAGCAUUGAAGGUAGACGACUAUUUUUACUUAUCGUUUCAAUUAUAUCACUAGUUUAAAAAAUGUCUGAAUCUGCAUUUAAAAACUUAUGUAAUUCAUCAGUGAUUACAUUUCAUGAAAACUUUGUGUCUUCGUUAAUUCUUCUUAAGAUCACGAUACUCACUCAAGACUACCGAGCAAAGGAAGUCAUGCGAAAGCAAACAGAAAUAUCUAAGCCAGGUGGCUUCUGUACAGCUACUUUUUUUUAACUAGCUUCUGUACAGCUACUAGUAGGGUAUGGAGUGACAAAAACGAUUUGUUAUACCUAUUAUCAACUUAUAAAUUUUGUAGAUAAGUCAGAAUAUAUUGUAAGGUUGAUACUCCAUAGUUGGAACCGUGUAGAGAGGUUUGAUGUUUGAUAGCAGCAAUGUUAUCUCCAACGUCCAUGCAUGUCACUAUCAGUUUUCGAUAUGUGGUUUCUUUUUUUUUUAUGGAACUUUAAUUUUCAUUAAACCGAUAUUAACCGGUCAUCAUUGACAAAGAGCAAAAGGAGAAUUUUGCUACCGGGUGAAAUCAAACAAAAUCUAUUUACUCAACCUUUUCCAAAUACGAGCAUAAUUAAGAUAAAUAUAGAAGCUGAUUUAUCAAUACUAUUACCAAAUAUCAUAGGUUUAUGUGUUACAAAAAAAGCAUUGGUUUAUAUAAGGAAACUUGAAUCACAAUAUGCUGAAUAGAAAUUCUGAUCCGAUGAGACCGCCAAAAAAAAAAGAGACCCAAAGCAUCAAAAAUAAGUCUAAACUUGCCAACAAAGAACAAGCUUAAAGUUAAAAAGAAAAGAAACAAGUGACAACAAUUUUAACACCAGAAUACAAAGCCCUUCUAAUUAAAUCUACCGGGAAAACCUGGAUGAUGUAGAGAAUUAGCAAAUCAGAAGUGGUCUGACUAUGACACACCAAAGGUGCCUCCAGGAAGCUUCAAACGGAGGAGGUUGGCAUUCAUGCCCCGGAACACUAAACUAAGAAGAUUCCAACCAAAACAAUCCAAGAGCUAAAACGGGAGAAAACUUAGAUUUAACUUCGUGGAUAACAAGAAAAAGGGAUAUUAUAUUAUAUAUGUAGUUUAUUAGUUUCCGUUUAGGUCAGUUGGAAUUAUAUCACGUUUUAAGUCCUUGGGAUAAUGUAGGGGAAGGACUAUUCGAUAGCUACAUUCAUCAGACUAUUCAAUGGCUAUAUUCAUCAGACUAUUCAAUAGCUACAUUCAUCAGACUAGUCAAACUUUGGUCCAAAUUACUUAUUUGUUGUCACCCCCAACAAAAUUUACUAGGCCGGGAAUGUGGAAACUAGUAACAGAAUCUUUGGUUUUCCAUUGAAUUAGAUAACUUAAGUUGAAGUUUAAAUUGUGUUUUUAGUCAGAAAUUUCUUUAGUAAUACAAUGGUCAAUGGUUAAGGCUCUGAGCGUAUGAAGAGGAACCCUUCACAAUAAGGAAAGCCAGAAGGAUUCCAAGUCUUGCAAAGUAGACAUACAAAGAGAUACUGGCGAACUACGUAGUGAUGGCUAGGAUGUCAAGUACCUCGAAGCUCCUUGUGGUGAUGAUUUUCUCUUUCAUGGCGCUUUCCAUAAUCUCCCAUGCUCGAACUUUUUCUCCUGGUCGGAAAUUAACUGGUUAUCCGAUUCCGACGUACGGAGGUCCCCCGUACUCUCCUGUUCCUACGAGAUGUUUCAACCCACCUUAUUGUCGUCCAUGAGAGUUUCAUUUUGGUGACAUGAAUUAUUAUCUAAUAAAAUAAGGUUGGAUGUAUAUGGGUAUCUUCAUAUAUUUUUCAUCAUUGCUGGAGUAAGAUGCUUGUGUGAGACGAUGAAAAAACAAAGAUGCUUGUGUGAGAUCCAUGUAAUAAAUAUAGCAGGCUGCUGUUUGCAAUGAAAUAAAUGAUAUUUAUGUA